GAGCUAUAUAGUACGCUGACCCAACGAACAUUCGUCAGUAGUAAACCUUUGAAAGUAGCCUACUGCGGUGUACGACCCCCUUCGAGUGAUCGUUUUCUAAUAGGCAUCAAAAGCCACUCAAGCUAUUUUAACCAUGUGAUGAAGUGACGUCACCUAAGGCUCUCUUAGGAUAACAAAAAAGAGAAAAAGAGGCCGUCUGGAUUAAUAUGUCGUGUCGAGGACUUAUCGAUUGAAAAGUGGAAAAGGGGUUUGAUCGGUUUUCGCACGUCCUAGAUUGAAGAGGACCGAAUCUGUGAUGGGUUUCGGCAGGCGAUGUGGCUGUUGGGCUCUGAGCGAAUUGGAGCUGGAGAGAUCACGGCACCAGGCCACCGUCGAGGAGAACACCAGAUACCAAAGGCACAUACAGGAUUUGAGAGAUGAACUGGCCACCUUGCACAACACUGUGGCCGAGCUCGAACGAAGGUACUCGGAUCUCUCUGCUCGGUACCGUGGCACCGUCGCCUCUUUGGAUGAGGUCAAUGAUACGACGCUGCGACUUAAAGACCACUCGUCAGACCUCGUCGACGAAAACAGGAGACUGCGGUCCAACAUCGACAAGCUACAGGAUGAGGCAAGAGCCCUCCGGGAAGAACUGGACAAUGCAAGGGCAGAUGCAGAGGAGGAACAUCGCCGUCGAGUGAACAGCGAAGUGGCUUUAAACAGGGACCUGAUGGAUGCUGAGAAAAGGUGCUCAAGCAAGUUACGAAGGGCAAACUCCCUGCACGAGAUGGACACCCACCAACUACACCAUGAUAUUGACCGCCUCCAGCACGCCCUCCAACGAGAAAAACAGAGUCACAAGAUGACAAUCAGGGAAUUACAUCGUUAUCCUUACACAUACUGUCAUCCCCACCACAUUUACAAUUGCCCCGAUUGCGUCUACGACCCCAUGCUACUCGACUGACUUGGUGGUACUGAAGGUGGCUGUUUCUAGCUACAUCCCAUCUUGGAGCAUUUUAGCUGAAUCAGACAAAAGGAUAGCUGUUGUUGUUAUUAUUGUCAUUAUAUGAUUGAUGAAGUUCCAAUAAGUGGGCUCUUACAAGUUUUGAAGCUUCCAGCUUUGAUGACGUACACUGAGCUAGCACAGGUGAGUGCCCUUCAUGCAGGUGGUAGCCUGAUCGUUGUUACGUACUUUGGUUUUUGUGGGAAUGUUCAAGGAAGAGAACCAUACAUAGUCUAUCUGAAUGGCUUUCGUAUCACUGCAAUCAAGUUGUUACCUACUAGAACAGAUUAAGGUACUGUAAUUGUUACAUUGGGAUAUAGUGAGAAUGUUCAAGGAAUUGAACCAUUCAUGUUGAAGUGUCUGGCUGGUUUUUAGAUUACUGCAUUUGGGUUAUUGGUUAUUGUCUUGGAAGAUUAAGAUAAGAAUGAUUUGGUAUUUGAAGUAAUAUGAGAGCCUCUUACAUUUGGUUGUAUUUCUCAUAUACUGUAAUGUAGUUGGCAACAAUGGAAAAGAUUUAAGCUACAGGAGUUAUUGCUGUUCAUUGUAUCUUACUGCAUCUUGAAGGAAUGCUAAUUGUAGUUUCUUUAGAUUACAGCAGUAUGAAUAAUACCAAGUAGAAGUGUUUGGCUUUCAGCUUGUCAUCCUCGCUUGUCCAUGUAAUUCACCUAGGUGAUGUACUAUAUUAACAUUUUGUAUUUAAUAAACACGUUGAACAGAGGACUGGUCUUGAAGUCUGUGUCAAGAUGGCACAUGCAGAUUUUUGGGUCAUCUUUCAUACAUAAAGACAAGAAGAUGGAUAUUUAAGAGAAAAGGCAUAUUUUUAAUAACAAAGACUUAGAGUUUUAGAUUGCAGUGACUGAUUUCAUUGUAUAUAUUUUCAUACUAAAAUGUUCUUUACAUAAAUUGCCAGUGGCCAGAAAAAGUAAGUUAACUGUUGGCAUAGAAUGAAAAGGGUUCUUCGUACCCAAUAUGAAUCCUAUGGUUUCCCGUUCUUGUCCUUGAUAUUCACUCUAUUUAUUAGCUGAAUGCUAACCAUUGCUGCCAAGUGGAAUAGCACAAUUAGUUCUUGUGUAGUGCCACAUCCUUUCGAAAUGACUAAACAAAAUGCCAAAAUGCCCAGUUGAAUGUGAAUAUAUUUUGGAUAUGUACCUUGUGUCAUUAUUUUGCAUAAACUUUUUUUUUUCUUUUAAUGUCUACAUUUUGUUGAGAAGGUUGUUGUCAAAUGAGUUAUCUCUAAGUUCAUUUGCAAAUCGUAAGCUAGACCAUGUUACAGGUUUUUUACGUUACAUCUGUCCUAAAAAAAGAAGAAAAAAACCAUCAGCUUUGGUGGUUUUAUGUUGAAUUUGCUUUUUAAUUUAAUUUACUCUGCUGUAGUUUUAGUUACCCGUCAGAUUACACUUGUCACCUCUUAGUUGUCAACAGUAGAAAGCAUACAGGGUUUAGAGUUUAGGUGAUUUGAUUUAUGUAGUUAUUAUGGUUGUACCAUUGCACUAAACCAUUCCUGAAUCCCCGCAGUAGCCUUAGAUCCUUCUAGGCUUCAGUAAUAUACUACCAACAAAUAUUCACUGCAAACUGCAGAGCUUCAUUGUCGCUGGUAACAUUCCUCUAGAGUGAGUGAAGUUUUACAAUGGAUAUAUCCAUUGAGAACAUUUCCCCUAUUUGAUUCAUAAAAAAAGAUCCCUACACAUUAUGAAUAAUUCCAGGAAUAAGUUGUUUCUGAAUCCUGGUAGUACAACAAUUAACCAGUGUGCCUUUUCAUGAAUAAUGUAUUUCAGAUCUUGAUUGGAAACCAGACUUUACAAUCAUUUGUAAUAAACAAUGGCUACUCGCCUAUCACUGUGGUUGUGUGCUUUGUAUAAUUACAAUAUACCAACUUUCUAACAUUCUCUAAGCAACCACAGUGCCUGACCUAUUGGUAAGUAGAGUGACCCUGAGGUUUUAAAUGUACUAAAAUUGUAAAUCAGCCUAACUUCCAGCUUUGUGUGUAGUACAAUUAGCAGUUUAAUUACUUAACCCUUUUCCAGAUAUAUAAAUAUUAAUUAUUUUGGUCAAACUACAGAUGCUGUUGAUUGCUCACUAAUUAGUCUUCCCUUGUUUUCUUUAGUGAUUCAUAUACCCAUCAUAUCCCUGGUAGGAUGUUAAGUUUAUACCCUUCUUAAUGAUUGAUUGAUUAUGGAAUUUAGGGCAUAGCCCAAGCGCUGGGUAUACCCUUCUUAUUAACACUUUCAAGAUUGCCUCAGUCCAGUACUAAAUUAAACCGUAGCAAAAUUCACAAAGAACUUUAUUCAAGUUGGGAACUGUCAUCUAGGUUAAAUAUGUACAAUGUUAACUUAGAAGAGAACUGACUCAACUUGAAGCAAGAUUAUUACAGCACUGCCUAAAUACUCCUCUGUUUUCCUAACACCAAACCUCCAGAGGUGUAUCCUUGCUACCCCUGUAUGAAGGUUAAAAAACACCCUUUGCUGGUUACAAGCUGAAGACGAUGUAAUUUAUUGACAUUCACAGUGCUUGCAACAAAGAAAUUUACUUUCACAAAAGUGAGGACUUCACAUAGUAUGAAAAAAUCAAGUCGUCCAUGUAUAUUGUAGUAAGUUGAUUCUUAUUUCAUGGUUCCUUAAAGCUUUACUUUGUUAACUUAUUGAGAGGAUAUAAAAUGCAGAUAGGUGAUAAAAUUGUUCUUGCAUAUUUAGAAUCUAUAGUUAAUUUUUCUUUAUAUAUACAUAGUGUAUAAGUGAACAAAUUUAAUCAUUCCUAACCUCUGCAAAAAUUUAGAAUUAAACCACUGUCAUUAUCACAAAUGUAGAUAUGUUAUGUUGAACGUGUUUCAUUGUCAUGCCUUGCAGGCAAAUAAAUUCUAUUGUCAGA